AUGGCACCUUUUGAAGUCUUGUAUGGUCAAAGGUGUGGGACACCUUUGUGUUUGCAUGAAUCUGGUGAGAGUGUAGUGCUUGGACCUGAUAUUGUCCAACUGACUACUGAGAAGGUGAAGCUGAUUCAGGAGAAGAUGAAAGCUUCGCAGAGUAGGCAGAAAAUCUACCAUGAUCAGAGGAGAAAGAAUCUUGAGUUUCAAGAGGGAAACUAUGUAUUCUUGAGAGUCACUCUGGUGACCAGUGUAGGACGGGCUUUGAAGUCGAGGAAGCUCACUCCUUGGUUUAUUGGUCCGUAUCAGAUAUCCGAGCGAGUUGGACCUGUUGCUUAUAGAGUGUCGUUGCCACCGAAUUUGUCAAAUCUGCAUGAUGUGCUCCAUGUUUCACAACUUCGGAAGUAUGUUCUAGAUCCGCCGCAUAUGAUUCUGAUGGAUGAUGUUCAGGUGAGGGAUAACCUUAUAGUUGAGGCUCUGCCUGUAAGGAUUGAUGAUCGAGAACUGAAAUAG